CCACUUUUAACGAACUUGUGGCAAAAUGGCAGCAAUAUAAUAAAAAAAGAGAGAGAAAACAUCUCGUUAAAACUAACACUAGCAUAACGGGAAGUGUUGGUUUUCCCCACCCUGGUGACGUGGCUUGAACGCACCAUAACCAUGAGGGGAUAAACAAAAUGAAAGGCAGCUUAUAAACAUCUCUGCUGCUCUCAGCACACUCACACUCUUCAAACUCCUUAAUACAACACAGAGCUGAGCCAUGGAGAACAUCCAAAUCCGGAAGUAUCGGGAUGAAGACGCCGAGGCCGUGAAGGAGAUCUUCACCCUGGGGAUGAGCGAGCACGUGCCUUCGUCCUUCAUGCACCUCCUGAAACAGCCUCUGACCCAGAUGGUGCUCAUGAUCACGUUCUGCGCCCUCUUGACCAGCUCCAAAUCCUUCCUGCUGCCCAUCCUCGCCGUCACCCUCCUCCUGGCCGCGUCCCGGCAGUUUGUCGCCUACAUGUUCAACAGAUACAUCGACACGUCCCUCAAGAAGGACCUCAACAGCAUCGGCGACACCUACCUGAAGCAGAAGGACUCGUUUUUUUGGGUGGCGGAAAGCGAGGGUCAGGUGGUCGGCACGGUGGCUUGCCUUCCUGCGGAGAGGGCGCCCGAGUGCUUGGAGCUGAAACGCAUGUCGGUGCGCCGCAGCCACCGCGGGAUGGGCAUCGCUAAGGCUCUGUGUCGGACAGUGGUGGACUUCACCCGUGAAAGAGGUUACCCGGCAGUCGUCUUGUACACCUCUGUGGUCCAGACUGACGCUCAGAAGCUGUACGAGCACAUGGGUUACGAGAAGAUUCGGGAGUUUGUCGUGCCUGAGCUUGUGGCCAAAGUCAUGAACUUCACUCUCUUUGAGUACAGAUUUUGUAUAAAGAAAGACGGGAAGAGCGAUUGAAUGUCUCACAUGAAGACUGUGUAGCAUUUGAUGCAUUAGCAUAACCAUCCAUCCAGUUUUAUAAUAUAUUACUAUGAUUUUUUCACUGUGCAUUUAAGGCAACCAAAGACUCGGGAAAAGGUGAGGUAUCUGUACCACGAAGCAGGUUCAGCUUAUUCUGGUUCUCUUCUCUUUCAUUGAGCUUAAUAUCAACCGUCCUGGAUAACCGGUAUCACGAAGCUGACUCAACUAGCUCACUCAUAUCUGGGUUUUUACUGUCUGAGUACAAACACGUUCUUCAUGUUAAAGCUGCUAAUUACAGUUUGUGUGUUUGUGGAUUAUUGUUCCAGUAACCGAAAAGACAACAGAGGGUUUUGUUUUAAUUCCAGUUAUCAUCACAAAGUCGCCUCGUUAUUAUACGCUCAUCUACAGUGAUGUAAGCAGAGUAAACUUUGCACAGUUAAAAUGCAGAUAAUCAUCAUUAUGUGUUCGGUUAAUUUAAUUAUCUCUCCAUUUGUAAGAAGCUCUGUUUUAAAAAAAAGGGAUUCUUCUGACCUAUAUAAAAAAAAAAGAAGAUACUUUAUUGCAAAUUCAAGUCUUCUCUAGGAACAACAACACUUCAUUUCCCCCAAUGAUCUGAUUGGUCACUGGUCUGGUUGUUGUGGUCAGGUCAGCAUAGGUUACCAUGGUGAUUUAUGGUGUUUUUUUAUAUACCGUUAAAAGUGAGCCAGCUGCGUGAUGCCGUAAAACUCGAUUUAAGCCCAAAGAUAACUGGUUAACACUCUGAUCUCGCUUCGUGUUUCAGGCCUCAGGUGACAGGACCCACAUAAAGAACUGUUUACUAAACACACUUUCAGUAAUAUGCAUGUUUUCUCUUUACACACACACACACACAGAGGACAGACUGAUCAUUCCUAACCGUUUUCUCAUAAAACUUUUGUGUUUUUUUGUUUGUUUUAUAGCUGAUUACAUGUGAUAUUAGGGUAGACUACGCCACUAUGUCCAUGAUCAUACUGUUUCUUUUGAUUUAAAACCUGUUUAAAUUCAUUACAUUAUUUAAUUUUUGUAAUCUAUUUAAUUCAUGUCUACAGGAUACUUAGAAUAAACUGACAGAUAUGAACUUU